GUACGAGUGAAGUACGACUGAAGUACGAGUGAAGUACAGUGAAGUACAACUGAAGUACAGUGAAGUACGAGUGAAGUACAGUGAAGUACGAGUGAAGUACGACUGAAGUACGAGUGAAGUACGACUGAAGUACAAGUGAAGUACAGUGAAGUACAAGUGAAGUACAAGUGAAGUAGGUGAAGUACGAAGUCUCGCUUUUUCCCCCUUGAACUGAACACGCUCUUUCAAACAAAAAAAAAACUAAAUGCCUUUAAUGAAGUCUCACGGACAAUUUUAGGUUGCCAUUAGUGUCCUGCAAUCAAGUCCAGUAUCCGGUACCCAACCUGGCCUGAUAAUUAGUGAUAUUAACAACUGAAUCACUUGUUUUUUUUAGCGAAAUUUUAGAAGAUUCUUUUAUUGUUGUUUGUUGCUGUGGUUAAAAUAAUAGUACAUUUUGUCAUAUGAAACAAAAGUUUGAAAAGCAUAGUAUGACUAUGAAAGCUCCUGUUGGAUGUCAAUUACUUCUGAUCGAGUGUCAGAUACUGUUAUUCGGAUUCGGAUGCGAAAAGUCGUACUCGGACAGGACACUAGUUGUCAUAUAUGCUAUUUUAGAUUCUUUUUCCUCAUUUGACAACUCAAAAUCCUCUGCGGAACUUCAUUCGGACCAUUAAGUCAUUUUUUCGUUUGACAGAGCCUUUUUUUUGAAAAUUUUCCUUGGUUAUGUGUAGAAAAGAUUUGACAAAUUGAGUUUUCCUGGCCAAGAUUGAUUCCAUCUCUUUAUGGGAAAGAAAAAUUCUUCAUACUUUAUUUUUUUCUAGGCUAAAGUUUCAUCCGGCAGAGUAUCUCAUUCAAGUAAUAUUCCAGUAAUUAAUUUAAUUUUAAUUGAUAAUAUUGAUUCAUGUAGAAUAACAUCAAUCACAUCACCAUUACAUUUUUUUUAUUCAAUUCAAAAUAAAAAUAAUUUUAAACAAAUCUAUUAUAAUGUUGUUCGAAAUAAUCGUGAUAAACGUUUUUAUCUUGUACAAAUUAUUAAUCAUUAUCGUGCAUGUAAAACACUUGUUGUUCUUUGUUUUGAUUUUGGGGAAUAG